AUGAUGAGGGAUACUGCGGUUUGGAUGCUUUCACAGUGCAGAGGUUUUGUGGAUCUCAUUGACCAUACCGUUGCUGGUAAGCUUAGUUCAUUCCCAUCAUACUUCCAUAUCGCAGCCGCUGGUGUCGCAACCAUGGGACUUGGUUACUAUCUCACGAAGAAUAACGAGGGAAAAAUAGUUCCUUUGGUAGAUCCGCUGAAUCAGACUAUUGAAGAAGAGGACGGAUCGCGUGUCAGUGCAUAUCUCAAGGAUCACAAACUCCAGUCAUAUGUUUACGAUGAUGUGCGCACACUAUAUGAGGGAGUUCGACGAGGUGCACGUGUUUCCAAUAAUGGCCCAAUGCUCGGUCAUCGAGUCAAGUGUGCUGAUGGUAGUGAACCUUAUCAGUGGUUUACUUAUAACGAGAUCAUCGAGCGCGCUAACAAUGUCUCUAUGGCUUUUCGUGAAUUAGGUGUUCCUGUCGGAAAUGAUGUCAACAUUGGCAUCUACUCUAAGAACCGCCCUGAGUGGAUCAUCACAGAAUUGGCAGCAUAUAACUUCUCAAACGUCAUUGUUCCUAUAUAUGAGACACUUGGCUUUGCAGCUUGUGUUUUCAUUCUUAACCAGACCGAAAUGCAAAUGGUUGUGUGCGACUCCGUUGAGAAGGCUAUGGGUCUCGUUGAACAAAAGGCUAACUGUCCUCAUCUAAGAACAGUGAUUGUGAUGGAACCAAUUACGGAUGAGUUGAGUGCUUUGUCUAAAGAUUAUAGUGUACAGGUUCUCACAAUGGAUGAAGUGGAAAAUAUUGGUCGUCAAUCGAACACAACUCUACCUCAUCAGCCUCCCAAGCCUGAAGAUUUGUCAACAAUCUGCUAUACAUCCGGUACAACUGGAACUCCAAAAGGUGUCAUGCUUACUCAUGCAAAUGUUAUAGCCGAUGGUGUCAGUAUGGAGUUUUUCAAAUAUACCGGAAUUGAUGUGACGGAUGUCAUGAUCAGCUUCCUCCCUUUGGCUCAUAUGUUUGAGCGUCUUAUUGAAAGUGCAUGUUUUACGAAAGGUGCUCGAGUAGGAUUUUAUAGGGGUGAUAUUCGUCUACUGGCGGAGGAUAUCAAGGAGCUACAACCGACAGUGAUGCCAGUUGUUCCACGGGUCCUUAACAGAUUAUAUGAUAAGGUGUAUAAUGCAAAAAACGUGAAAUGGAAAAGUAAGUGCAGACAUUUGUACUUCAUAAUUCGAAACACUGGUUUUUUCGACAAACUAGUUUUUAAGAAAAUUCGUGAAGGAAUGGGAGGCCGUGUCAGAUUAAUGAUAACUGGAUCUGCUCCACUUUCUGAAAAUGUGCUUACAUUUGUACGAGCGGCUAUGGGAUGUGUUGUUGUUGAGGGUUAUGGUCAGACAGAAUGUGUUGCAGCAUGUACUGUAUCCAUGGAAGGGGACUCGAAUGCGGGUCACGUUGGGAUGCCAAUUCCGUCGGCUAGUAUAAAAUUAGUCGAUGUCCCUGAAUUGGGUUACUUUUCAAAGGAUGGGGCUGGUGAGGUCUGCGUAAAAGGCCCAAUUGUUUUCCAUGGAUAUUAUAAGAACGAGGAACUGACAAAAGAAGUACUUGAUGAAGAUGGCUGGCUUCAUACUGGUGACAUUGGCCGGUGGACAAAUGAAGGUUCACUAAAGAUCGUUGAUCGAAAGAAGCAUAUUUUCAAACUAGCACAGGGUGAAUAUGUUGCUCCGGAGAAGAUUGAGAACGUCUACGUGCGUUCACGUUUUGUAGCUCAAUCAUUUGUGCAUGGAGAGUCCUUGAAGAGUUGUCUAGUCGGCAUCGUAGUACCUGACCCUGAGGAGUUAAUUCCUGCAUGCCAAAAGCAACUCAACUUGAGUGGAACCUUAGAGGAAUUAUGUGCAAACAAGAAAGUUGUAAAAAUGGUUUUCGAUGAUAUAAUUGCUGUUGGAAAGAAAGCUGGACUUUUUUCAUUUGAACAGGUGAAGGAUGUAGUUCUUUCUCCGAACAUGUUCACCGUUGAGAAUGAUCUUCUUACUCCCACGCUGAAAAGCAAAAGGCCGAUGUUGAAGUCCUAUUUCGCUAACGAAAUUGCGUCGAUGUAUUCGGCACUGAACUGA